GUGUGGACGUUCGCCGCUUUCACCGAGGGCCACCGCUUCAACACAUACACCAUGAGGGACCGUUUUAAGCCACAAUAAAAACUUACAGGCCACGUGGAGAAGCGAUUCAACACACAAUACGGUAACGCGGUUCGACUCGUGGUGAGGGAGCUUCUGAAAUGUAGCCAGCGACCCGAGUCCGCGUUGUGCUGGGCUGGCUGUGUGUCGCUUCACGGCUCCUCGCAGGGAUGCCAUGAAAAUCAGUAGAGGCGACUGACUGACUGAGAGAGACUGCUACUACUCCUCGCUUUCACGGACACGGCAGCGGCAGUGGUGGUGGAGCCAUGGAUACUCGCGUAAAAGUCCAUGUUAGGUAGCGUUUACGCACACCUGCGGAGAGUUUGAACGUCUCUGGCGCACGGUUUGUCGCCACCGUCGUGAGGAUGGAUUUCAGCCGUCUACGGAAUAUCAUCACCAGAUACUGUGUGGGGGAGGAGAACUGGGUGGACAAUCGGACGGUGUACAUCGGGCACAAAGAACCCCCACCAGGAGCCGAGGCCUACAUCCCUCAGCGUUACCCCGACAACCGCAUAGUCUCCUCCAAGUAUACUUUCUGGAACUUCAUCCCCAAAAAUCUGUUUGAGCAGUUUAGAAGAAUAGCGAACUUUUACUUCUUGGUCAUAUUUCUGGUCCAGCUCAUCAUCGACACCCCCACUAGCCCCAUCACCAGCGGCCUGCCCCUCUUCUUUGUUAUCACUGUCACCGCCAUAAAACAGGGCUAUGAGGACUGGCUAAGACACAAGGCGGACUGCUCGAUAAAUGAAUGUCCAGUGGACGUGGUGCAGAGGGGGAAGGUGGUGAGGACUCAGAGCCACAAGCUGCGGGUGGGGGAUGUGGUCAUGGUGAGGGAGGAUGAGACGUUCCCAUGUGACCUCAUCCUUCUCUCCUCCAGUCACCAUGACGGGACCUGCUACGUCACCACAGCCAGUCUGGAUGGAGAGUCCAGUCAUAAGACCUAUUAUGCUGUACCAGAUACCAUGGCCUUUAGAACUGAGCAGGAGGUGGAUUCUCUACAUGCCACUAUUGAAUGUGAACAACCGCAGCCUGACCUCUACAAAUUCGUGGGACGCAUCAAUAUCUACAAGGACAAAGAAGAGCCGGUGGCGAGACCACUUGGAGCAGAAAAUCUGCUUCUUAGAGGAGCAACACUGAAAAACACACAACAUAUUUAUGCUGUUGCAGUCUACACUGGUAUGGAGACUAAGAUGGCACUAAACUACCAGUCCAAAUCUCAAAAGCGCUCAGCUGUUGAAAAGUCCAUGAAUGCUUUCCUUAUCGUAUAUUUGUGCAUCUUAAUAAGUAAAGCAGUUAUCAACACAGUUUUGAAGUACGCCUGGCAGUGGUCACCUGACCGAGAUGAACCCUGGUACAACCAUCGGACAGAGCAUGAGCGCCAGAGACAUGUGGUUAUUCGAGCAUUCACAGACUUCCUGGCCUUCAUGGUGCUGUUUAACUACAUCAUCCCCGUGUCCAUGUACGUGACUGUAGAGAUGCAGAAGUUCCUCGGCUCCUAUUUCAUAACAUGGGACGAAGAUAUGUUUGAUGAGGAGCUGGGAGAGGGAGCACAGGUCAACACUUCAGAUUUGAAUGAAGAACUUGGGCAGGUGGAGUAUGUGUUCACUGAUAAGACAGGCACCCUGACAGAAAACAACAUGGAGUUUAUCGAGUGCUGUGUGGAUGGGAACGUCUACAUUCCACAUGCCAUCUGUAACGGCCAAAUCCUCAGCGCUGCCUCCAGUAUAGACAUGAUUGAUUCUUCUCCUGGAGGAUACCGCAGAGAACAUGAGGAUUUGUUUUUCCGGGCGCUGUGCCUGUGCCACACAGUUCAAGUCAAAGAGGAAGAGACAGUGGAUGGCAUCAAGAGGGGCAUCCACCAGGGCAGACCCACCUCCUUCUACAUCUCCUCCUCACCUGAUGAAGUCGCUCUAGUGGAGGGAAUGAAAAGGCUGGGCUACACCUAUUUGCGCCUGAGAGACAACCACAUGGAGAUACUCAACAAAGACGAUGAGAUUGAACGAUUUGAGCUGUUACACGUACUGAACUUUGACUCUGUAAGAAGAAGAAUGAGUGUUAUAGUCAGAUCAAGCUCAGGAGAAGUCUUGCUGUUCUGUAAAGGAGCAGACUCAUCCAUAUUUCCGCGGGUGGUGUCUGGGAAAGUGGAGCAGGUUAAAGCCCAUGUGGAGCAGAACGCUGUGGAGGGGCUGAGGACACUGUGUGUUGCCUAUAAGAGCCUGUCUGACGCUGAGUACCAGGAGGCGUGUCUCCAUCUGACAGAAGCCAAGCUUGCCCUGCAGGACAGGGAGCAGAGGCUGGCACACGCCUAUGACAUCAUCGAGAGGGACCUGGUACUUUUGGGUGCUACAGCGGUGGAGGACAGGCUCCAGGAGAAAGCUGCAGACACCAUUGAAUCACUGCACAAGGCUGGAAUGAAAGUUUGGGUCCUGACGGGGGACAAGAUGGAGACGGCAGCGGCUACCUGCUACGCUAGCAAGCUUUUCCGUCGCAGCACCCAAAUCCUGGAGCUGACUAAGAAACGCACAGAGGAGCAGAGUCUGCAUGAUGUUCUUUUUGAACUCAACAGAACGGUCCUGAGACAGCGCUCAAUUUCUGGCCUGUCAGUGGACUGCCUGGACUUCGGCCUGAUCAUAGAUGGGGCCACACUCUCUGCAGUACUGAAGCCCAGCCAGGAGGGCACUGGUUCUGGGAACUACAGAGAGAUCUUUCUCGAGAUCUGUCGAAACUGCAGUGCUGUCCUUUGCUGUCGCAUGGCCCCAUUGCAGAAAGCUCAGAUUGUGAAACUAAUAAAAGCUUCUAAAGAGCACCCUAUAACUCUUGCCAUUGGUGAUGGUGCCAAUGAUGUCAGCAUGAUCCUGGAGGCACAUGUGGGCAUUGGAAUCAUGGGUAAAGAAGGCCGACAGGCAGCAAGAAACAGUGACUAUGCCAUCCCAAAGUUUAAGCACCUAAAGAAGAUACUCCUUGUACAUGGGCACUACUACUACAUUCGAAUAGCUGAACUUGUUCAGUACUUCUUCUACAAGAAUGUAUGCUUCAUAUUCCCACAGUUCCUGUAUCAGUUUUUCUGUGGGUUUUCUCAACAACCUCUUUAUGACACAGCGUACCUAACACUGUAUAACAUCAGCUUCACCUCGCUGCCCAUCCUCCUGUACAGUUUAGUGGAGCAGCAUGUGUCUGUAGACACACUGAAGAAGGAGCCUUCAUUGUACAGGGAUAUUGCUAAGAAUUCACUCCUCCGCUGGCCGGUGUUCCUCUACUGGACGUGUCUGGGAGUGUUUGACGCAGUUAUCUUCUUCUUUGGUGCCUAUUUUCUGUUUGACAACACCACAUUCACCAGCAAUGGCCAGCUUAUGACCACCAACACGCAGAUGAUGUUUGGCAACUGGACAUUUGGGACUCUAGUCUUCACUGUGCUUGUGUUCACCGUGACACUAAAGCUUGCCUUGGAUACACACCACUGGACCUGGAUCAAUCACUUUGUCAUCUGGGGGUCAUUACUGUUUUACGUCAUCUUCUCGCUUCUCUGGGGAGGCAUUAUUUGGCCGUUCCUCAACUACCAGAGGAUGUACUAUGUUUUCAUGCAGAUGCUCUCCAGUGGUCCAGCCUGGCUCAGCAUCAUCCUGCUCAUUACAGUCAGCCUUCUGCCAGAUGUCAUCAAGAAGGUCCUGUGCAGGGCUGUCUGUCCCACUGCGACUGAGCGCGCACAGGGAAACGAGAAGACGGUGCGGGGUGUUGUGGCUGAGUUGACUCCACUGUCGUCAGCGCGAUCCUACAGAAGCACGAGUGCCAACUCCUCCCACCUGCACCUGAGCACAGCCGAGGCCCUGUCACUGCGCCUGUCGGACCCCCUUCCCCAAAAAAUACUGACUCACCUGACAGAGAGGGGAGGGGCAGACGUGUACACCCUCAGCCCCUAUUUGCUCCGUCUGUCCGGGGCGGGAUUUGCCCACUACGCCCCAGGUCCAGAGACAACUGUAUGAAGCAGAAACUAAUUCAUUUUGUGGCUUCGUACAAUGUGCGACUACGUUUCUCGUCUCAUGGACAAGAGAACGUUCACGUCUUUCAUGUUCAAUUCACCUGUGUAUUUUUGGGCUACAUACCCACAUACUUUGGUGAUUUAUUUUUCUUUCUGAUGUCUGUUUUCAUCAAAUCUUUUACACAAAUGUGGGAAUUGCAUAUAAACCUCUGGGAUAAGGAGGAACUAUAUGCACUUUCUUGCAUAACUGAGCACUCCUGUUACACAUGUCAAAUAAUGGACUUUUGGUAUAUAUUUUUUCAGUCAUGACAUUGCCUGUUCCUUCACCCCUUUGUAAUCAUCUAAAUGUACCAACAUGGUCUGGCCAAGUUAAGGGCAGUCCUUAAGUUUCAGCCCUUUAGGAGUGCUUGCGAUUGUGUGCAUGUGUGUGCGUGUGAACGGAUGCUUGCAUGCAUGACUUCUGCCUGUCCAGUGUGCGUUUGUUUGUGACACACCUUUGCCUUACAGGUACCACGCAGCAGCAGCAGGCUAGGAGCCAAAGGAGAAGGGCGUAAAUGUGGAAACAUACAAAGCCUUAGACACAAACACACUUUUCAGCUGGAGAAGGAAAUGGGGUGUUUUCUAGAGGGAUGUGCAGUAUUCUAGCCACCCUGCCUUAAUUCAUUCAUACAUAUAGUAGUUAAAGCUGUUUAUACCUCCUAAAUAUGGUUCAGAUAUACCUUCCACUUCUAUUUGGUACUGUGUGUCAAUUUCCAUCUAGUUUAUUGUGAUUACUUGUUUGCUAAUCAGCCAGUGUAGCAUGCUAAAUCUUGGCUGCAUGUUAUAGUUAAUCCACUCUUCACUCAAAUAUUCCCCUUCCCAUUUCAUUUCAACCAUAUCCAUGCUGUACCCACUCCUGCCAUCACGUGGUCAUGUUGAGCAACUGCAGCUUUGUGAAUAACAAAGUGGAGGUUUCCCAAAUGGUGCUCUACCAUUGGGGCUCUUUGUUAUGGAUGUCCUAAAUGGCUUGCUCUUCUCCCUGUGGCAUUGUUUGCGUGUGUGUUUGCAGCCACGCUUUUUCUAGGUUAUGCAAAUGUCUGUGGGAAUGCUAUUGUCAUAUUUGUCAUAAUAAGGUCCCCCCUCUGUUGUGUUUUCAAAUGAGUUGUCUUGUACUAUUUAUCAAUGGCAGUCACUGUUGAUGUUUGGAUGUAACUUAAUUUUUAUAUAAUAUAUUUUGGUGAAAAGGGGUGUGGUUGUUGGUGGUAAGACAGAGACUUGAAAAGGCGAUGUCACAAUCAAAUCGACUGAAUGUUGAACUGUCCAUUGUGUCCGUCACUUGAAGAAUGUAGCUUAAAAUGGAUACACCUUUUAUAAUUACAGUUUUAUUUGUCCAAAGCAUAUCUUUCAUAACACAACUACUGAUGUAUUUUUGAAUGUCUAACUGAAGGAUUUUUGCAUGUACAUUUGCUUUUGUUCAUUGUGCAGUAUGUUUUUAUAGGGCACAGUUAUAUUAUUUUAUCAGUGAAAACAGUUCUGGGUUUAAUGUAAAAAGUUUCUUUGUUUCAUUUGGGAUCAAAUUCUCGAACCUCCAUAGGCUAACAGAAAAGCCUAAGUGUUUGCAAUGUCACUGUGCUGUUGCCAUAACAAUAAUUUAUUCAGUUAAAAAUUUUGGUAGUAUCCCAUGCAGAUUUUUUUCCACAUCUUGAUUUUGUGUUAUUGUGUUAUUUUAAUGUGAAUAUUUAAUUUUGCUAUUUUUGUAUAGAGAAAAAGUCUAUAUUUUAACUGUGUUGGAAUGUGUUUAACCAAAAUAAGAGCUUAUUUGUUGAUAGAAAUUUAUCACUAGAUUACACACACUGCACUUUUACAACAAAUUGGUUUCUCCCCUUUUUUGUUUUUAAAUAUUCACUCUUCCUCACAAUUUAUUUAUUUUUAAAGAUUAAUAGUAGGUGAGAAAAAGUGACCAAAUUACUUUGUUGGAUUGAACUGUUACUGAGUGUCAGCCUCUGUGGUUUCUAUUGCACCAGCCUUUUCUGCUAAAGAGAAUGUCACACUGCUUUUCUAAGUCCUUUGGCACAACAGCAGGUGCUCAUCCUGUCAAUGCUGAGCUUGGCAAAAGAUGGAAAUGUCAAGAUCUCUGUCAUAUCAUACCCCUUCAGUACAGCAGUGUCUGUAUUUACUAAACAGGAGAUUUUCUUCUUUUCGAUAAAGAUUUUAAAAGAGGUUUAUUUGUUGACCUUUGUCAGCCUGUCUGUAGCAAAUAAGGGCAAAGCACUGUAUUGUCAUUCUGCUUGUAAUAAAGAAAGACUAAACAUGA